CAGGUUCAGUUUGUUUGUGCUCCUGAGUCAUAUAGAUCCCCUAAGUUUACCAAAGACAUAAGAAUAUUCAGAGGAUUCAGAAAAAGGCAGUUGAAGCUCGAGUCCAGAAAUUUAUAUCCGAGAAAUCGCCGCCUUGACCACUCGACUAACAAGAUCUUGAACGGUAGUAUUAGAUUAUGGAAGUUUCAUGAUUGCACGCGUUUUCAACUGAAACUUAAAAUAUUGAAAUAAAAAUUAUCCCAAAGAAGAAUUCUUCUAUGAGGUGUAAUCCAACUAGUUCCUGGAAUGAAAGGAGGAGCACACAUAUUGUAGGCAACAAAAGAGCUAUUUUAUUUUGCUGAGCAUAUUUUCAGAACGCUGAAAAUGGCGACUGUCAAUGAAUGGUCACCUUCAGAUGAAAACGAGGAAAGUUUAAUGAAAAAAACAUUAGAACUUUUGAAAAAUGGUGAAGAAAAGAUUACUUUGCAGGACCAAUUUAAGAAGAUAGUUUUAGUUGUAGGAGACACUGGAAAUGGCAAGACGACUUUCACUAAAUGGAUUGCAGGGGACGAUACAAAAUUAACGGCUAUAGAAACGACAGCAAACACCGGUGAAUACACAAUUGAAGACAUCGAUGGAACGCCCAGUUCAAUAACAAUUUCAGACACUGUUUAUCCUUUGCUUGUUGUAGAUAAGGAAACUAAUGUUCCUUAUUAUGAUUGCCCUGGCUUUAACGAUACUAGAAACACUAAAUAUGACAUAGCAACAACGCAUUUCAUAAAGAAGAUAGUGGACUUUGCUGAUAGCGUUAAAAUAAUUUUCAUUAUUAAUUAUCCGUGGGUUAGAAUAGGAGUCGAUAGACGCAGCUUCAUGCAAUUAUUGAAACAAGCAACGGAAUUUAUCAAAAACAUAGAAAAACUGAAAAAUAGCUUUGCUCUUGUCGUUACCAAAGUAGACAACUCCUAUAUAAACAGAGGAACAUGUUUGGUUGAGGAUAAUGCAAUCAUCGCAGGUAUUGCUGAUUUUUUGAAAAAAGUUAGGCUGGAAUUAGAAGCACAAGUUCAGGGCUCCCAGGAAAGACAAUUUUAUGAAGCCGCUAUCAAAUUCAUUUCGUAUUUUCUAAAAAAAGAUGGGGAGCAGUAUGCAAAUAUUGGGAUUUUCAGAAGACCUGAUAAAUCAGGACCUCUCAGUAAAAUUCCAUUGUUGCUGAAAUGUAAGGAGAAUAUAAAGAGAAUUAUUUACCAAAAUCUGACAUUUUCUGAAAAGGUUGAUGACGACUUUAGCUAUACCAUAUCUUUAAAAUCCAAGAAUAUUAUUGCUCGUAUAGUAGAAGAAAUCAAUAAAAAUGUUUGGCAAAGCUUAGGUUAUAUUACUGAAGAACUUGGGAAAUAUUAUAGCACUUUAACAUACGAGGUACGAAAACAGAUAUUAUUAAUUGGCUAUGUUGAUUCGCUUCUUGAAGCUGAUGAUUUACGUAUUGAAAAGUUAUCUUGCUGUCUUAGAAGAGGCAUAAAAAACCUUUCAUAUGUAAUCAAAGAUGUCGAAAGCGUGCAGAGUCGGUACGAUUUAGCCCAAAGGAUAAAAAGUUUUAUCGUUGAUUCAGAGAUCGGUGACUUCAAAACUGAGAUCUCAAACAUUGAAAAUCAAGGAAAAUAUUUCGAUUUUCUUCAAGUGGUGAGCGAAGAGAAGUUGAAUACUAGAUCUUGGGAUGAACUUUUCAGAAAGGUUCUAGAUUCUAUAUUUGAUGUUCAAAAGAAGCUUCAGGAAGAUAUUGAUGAUUUAGGUCCUAAAAUCCGCAAACAUGUAUUAUCUUGUUUUGAUAUGAUUGCUAAAGAUUUACAAAAUCAAUUAGAUGGAAAAAUAAAAAUUCUAGAUCUUCAGGAUAUCCAUGAUAAGUUGAAUGACUUUAGAGACUCAAUACUGUGGUUGGUUGAAAAAGGUAAGAAUGUUACAAACGCAAAGGAAUUCUUAAAAUUAAUUCGUGAUGUUACAUGCCGUAUCAUGAUUAAUGUUCCUAAUGAGGCUGCUAUGCACAUUAUUAAACUGGAGAACUGUUUAAACUCUUUGCAGAUAUUUUGUAAAACGAAUUGUAUAUUUGUAUCAUCAGCGUGGUUUCAGCCGUUUGAAAAUCUAAUUGAUCAACUUAAUGAACAUAAAGUUUGGUACAAUUUCUUAACUUCCUUGUAUCAUACUUUUUCAGAAUAUGAAAUACAAAAAGAAAAGGAGAAAUAUACUGUCGACGACAAUGAAAAUUGGGAAAACGCUGAAGCAGCUUCUGAAAUUUCGAUAACAGAAACAAAUUUUCAGCAAUUUUUACAAAAUAUAUCGCAAAAUAACGUUUCAGAGCUCGAAAUUAUUAAGAAUAUUGAGUUAACUGAAGAUCGAAUAGAAGAAUUAAAUCGAAUGCUGAAUUUGGCAUUGAACGAAAAAGUGAUAAUGGAUUCCACGAAUUCUUCAAUUUUUAUAACAGGUGAUUACAUAAGAAUAUCAAAUUUCAUAAAAAUAACAAAUUUCAUAAAUGAUAUCUUAACAUUUUCAUCUCUUACGAAAUUGGGACAAUUCAAAUCAGUAUACAUCUUUGCUUUAAAUACGGUAUAUAUUGAUGAAGACUUAAAGCUUCCUAGUUUAAACGUGAUAAUCAUAGCUCCCAAAUGGGAAAUUAUUGGCAAAAGGAAAAUUUGCUUAGAUGGCACAGGAAGAGCCAGAGAACUUGGAUUAACAGAAAAAUCUGGAAGGAUUUUUUUCGGAAUCGGAGAAACGUUCAUUAAUGGUGCACAGUUAACUAUUACAGUCGAAGGAGGAAAUAUGAGCUCUGGUCAGAAUGGUGAUGGUAGAAAGAGUGGAGAAAGUGGAAAUCAAGUCAUUGUUCAAGGUCAGAAACAUAGAUCAACGACUUUCUUUACGAUCUCUGGGGCAAAAUCAAACAAAACCUGGAAUCUUGAGGAAUGUAUAUUGAAUUAUGAUCGCGUCGAUUCAGAAAGAGACGAUACUGAUGGAGCUAACAUAAAAGGAUUGCGGUUUUCACAAUUAGCAAAUAAUAUAUCUGAGCCAUUUAAAAUUAUUAAUAAGUAUACAAAAUACUUAGCAGAACAACUGAAGCAUUCAUUUAAAAGAUUUUCUCUUCUUUCAUUUUAUAAAAAGCUUAACGAUAACAAUGGCAUUAUAAGUAUUUACAAUACUGUUGGAUUAAUCGAAGAAUUUCAAGAAAUAGAACAAGAAAAUGAUAGUUCCUCCUUGAAACAGUCGUAUCUUAUCCCUAUAUAUCAGUCAAUGUUAAGUAAGAUAUCUAUUCAUGCGAAAUUAACGGAAAAUCCAGAUGAUGAUCACAUGAAAGUUCUUAAAUAUUUAUGUACGGCCAUCUUGAGUAAGAUUUCGAUUCUGAGAGAUGAAUCUCAGGCAAAUUUAAUCGUUGACAUAGGAAGACAUUUGGAUAUGAUAAAAACAGACAUAGAAAUGUUAAAAGACUUGUAUAUGCAGAGCAAAUCUCUUAUUAGUAAAUGCAAAGAAUAUUAUAACUAUGACGUAAAUAAAAGAGUAGAAGAAGUUAAUAACUUUAUUUUGAAGCACAUUCUACCUGAAUUGAAUGCGAUACAAAGGCAAGUUGAUAAAGAUAUAAAGUGUUUGAUCAUAGAAACAAUAAAACUGCAAAAAGAUGCCAAGAAAGAAAAAGAUAAAUUGAUUUUGAUGAAACAGAAGCUUGAAGAUUCUCUGGCACAGAAACAAGUCCUAUAUUGUUUCGACAUUAUUGCUAAGGUAAUAACAUUUCUGUGUGCAGUUGGAGCAGCGAUUGGUCUGGCAAUUGAAAAAGUGGCAUCAAAGGUAGAUUUAUUAGCUUUGAAUGAAACAGAAAUAUCAUCAAAGAAAGUUCCGAAUAUCACUUCCAUUCUCCAACUUUUCGAAAGCGAAAUAAUCCGUGUUAAAAACGGAGCAUUAAAUCAUCUAAAUACUCUUUUACGAGCUAUAUCAUAUCAAGUAAAACGCUAUCCAGAAUCGUUAAAAGAUUUAUUGAAGGUGAUUGAAGAAAUCCAAAUUCGGAAAAACAAUGUGAAUGAAAAGAACCUAAGAUUGGCGGAAAUAAAAAUGAUAGAAGACGACAUAAAACAAGAAAUAAUUAAGAAAGAACAGAAAUUGAGAUCUCAGCUGAGUAAUCAAAAUUUAAAGGAUGUACUGAAGGUGAUGAAUAGAUUGAGUAAAAUUGCUCAAUUUAGUUCACUUAUUGCUGAUUUGGAAAUUUAUGAUGAAAAUGAUUGCUCAAAGCUUGACGAAUUAGUUAGCGUUAUUGAAAGCGCAGACAAAAAAUUUCUCAACCUUAAACAGUGUGAAGAAAAUAUUUGUAAUUCAGUGGCACAUAUGAUAAAAAGUAUGGAAGAUGUUAUAUGUCAUAGAACAACUAGGAUGGAUUCAAAACUCGAUCUGGAUUUAACGAACUGGCAAGUUCUGAGCUCGUUGAGGAAGGUUCAUUUGCAAAUGAAAAAAGUAAUGGAAAGUUUUAAGGUCCAAGACAACAUAGUUCAUUGCUUUGAUAUGCUACAAGAAGCCAAGACUAAUUUAAUUCAAAUAUAUGAAAAAAUUGAAAAUUAUCGGGAGCAACGGACUCUAGAUGCCUAUAUUGCAGAUAUAAGUUCCGUUGCUGUCCAGAACGUCGGUGUUUCAGACCAGAAACUAGCAAAGGCUUUGAAGGAAUUGGAGGUUGUUUUAAAAUCUAACCUGGUUUUGAAAUACUACAAAACGGCAUUGCAUGCGUUCAGACAGUGGUUGUUUCCUUUUUCUCAGAAUUACAUAAAAGAUUCUAUGCUUCCAAACAACAUCAGAUUCGAGAGAAAUAUAGAAAAGCUAGCGUCAGACUGUCUGUCCCACAUCGAACAUAUGAUGAAGAAUAUAGAUGUAUACAAAUCAUCAGUUAUGAGAAAUGAUAAUUACACGCAACGCGGAGAGUUCAGCAGCUUUAACGGUUCUACGGAGCCAUUCUUUGUGUGGAAAAAUGAAAAAUACAAGUAUUUGAUAAUUAAACUUUUAUCAGGAGAAGAGAUAGUGCUCAAAUCAGAAGUGAAAAAAUCUCCAACUAACAAAGAUGCAAUCAAAUUUAGUGUCAUCGAAUUUCACUUAAAAUGUAAAAAUGAAUCCUUGCAAUCACAACUCGAUCAGUUAUUGAAAGGAUUCGACCUAGUGGCAACCCAUGAAGGUAACUCGUAUUAUAGAUACGCAAAUAAGAUUUAUCUAAUCACUAGUGAUGAACAAACCAUUUCCUACUCAUUUGAGAAAAACAAGAAUGGAGAAUGUGUUCGAACCAAUGCUGUGUAUGAUAAAAUGAAGCGAAGUGAUUUGAUGCUGAGUCCUUAUACAGUAUGGAAACUAAAAUUAGUCAAGUCUGCAAAGAAUAGUUCAUUUGAUAAGAUGUCUAAGUUUAAAGAUGGCAUUGAUUUGGAAUUGGUAGGCCAUGGAAGCUACGUAAUGAAUUACGAACCGCUGAGUUUAUCAGACGGAGAUUACAGAAUAGUUGAAGCUUAUAAUGAAUUCGAUCAAUAUCUUGAUUAAAAGCACUUCACACGAGGAACUUAAGGAGGAAAAUCCGUCAAAUAUACUUAUGAUUUUGCAAAACGUGAAGCCUGUAUUUAUGAAUAAAUUAUUGUAGUUAUCGCAAUUUUUGCGAAUGUUAGUAAUUUUAAAUUCAAUGUGUGUAAUGAAUUAUAAUUUAUGAGAAUCGAAAAAUUACUAAUAGAUAUGAUAGUACCAGAGAAAAAUAAUAAAUGUUGUUUUUUAUGUUCUUAUGUUAUAAUUUUUGACAUUUGGUUUUAAUAGUAAUAAUAUUAAGCUAAAUCUUUAAUUCCAUACAACGUUGCCAUUAAAAAUAUUGUUAUAAAACAUUGUAAAUAUCGUAAUUCUUAAAUUCAACGUGUA